UAACACAUUUUUAUGGUUCAUUUGAUCACUUGAUGUUAAUAAUAUUUUUAUGUAUUCAAAAAGUAGUCUGGGAAAAUAGUUGUAAUUUUUUGAUUGAUUGUCAAAAGACGACAGGAAAAUAAAUAAUUGUAAAAAUCGUAUUUUUACUUGAUUUAAACUGUUAAAAAUUCGUACAGUUUAUUGUGGUCCUUCGUAAAAAGUAUAUUGAACUGCGCUAUGGAGAAGAAAGAAAAUGGAGAAGCAGCACUUCGAAGAAGUUUGAGAGUAAACAAGGGUAUUCCACCGAUUCGAUUAGGUGCAGAUGUUGGCAAGAGCGGACUGGUCUCGGGGAACAUGAGUGAUAAAAUGUUGUCUAGGAAUGGCCAGAAUUAUGAAGCUGAAAGGGCAAAAUCUGUUGAUUUGAAUCAGUUGGUGGUGAGUCCAUUAGAUCCAUUGUUAGAAAAAGAGUAAGAAGCACUACGUCAAGACUGAAUUUGGAAAUGGAAGCUCUACGAUUGAAAGAAAGGUUCGAAAAUGAGGAGUGCAUGGAACGAUUGCGAAUGAUUCAAAGCAAAAAAGAAAUAGCUUUCAAAGAAUUGGAGCUGAAGAUGAAAAUGCUCGAAGAGGAAGGUGUCACUGAUGAUGGUUCACAAGGCACUAUGUCUGAAAGAAGUAUGUAUAGAGAUCAAGAUCAGGUGAGAAAUUGGAUACGUAAAUGUGAUCCUGACCGAGUGGCAAAUUCUGAAAGGAAGCCAGAUCCAGUCUUUCCUUGGGAAGGAAAGUUUGAAGAGAGGUCUGAUGCUUUUUUAAAUAUAGUAGAACAGUGCACUAAAAACACAGAAAAUGUAACAAAAGUACUAGAACGUCAAAAACUAAAAGAGCUACCUUUGUUUUCAGGAGAGCUCACAGAGUGGCCUCUUUUCUUUAGCGAAUUUAAGAGAUCUUCUGAGGUUUAUGGUUUGAAUGAUUACGAUAAUUUAUUGAGGUUGGAUAGGAGUUUGAAAGGCAAAGCACGUGAAACUAUCAAACCACUUUUGAGUUCACCUGAAAAUGUAAGCAAAAUUAUGAAAAUGUUAGAAAUGAACUUUGGCAGGGCUGAUUGGAUAAUAUUGAGUUUAAUGGAAAAGGUUAAAAAAUUUGGGUUUGUCAAAGAAGAUAAAUUAGAUGUUUGCAUUGCAUUUUCGAAUGCUAUUAAUAAUUUAGUUACGACUAUGAGAAAUAUUAAUUGCACAUUGUAUUUGUUCAAUCCUGAACUUAUGGCAAUAAUUGUAGAGAAGCUUGCUCCGAUACAGAAGUACAAUUGGGGUAAGUGCAAGUUGCAAAGAGACAAAGAGGGAUUACCAACUUCGUUAGAAGACUUCGCGGCAUGGUAUGAGGAUGAAAUAGGAGCAGUGGCAUCGAUUUCUAAUCCAAUUUCAAAAUCAAAGGUGAACUUUAAGAAAGAAACAAUUUUCACUUUGAAAAAUAAGUCUGACAAAAUUUUCGACAAAAAAUCAUGUCCAGUCUGUAAAGAAGACGGACAUAAUGUGGGGAAUUGUAAAACAUUCCUCGAAAAAACAAUUGUAGCACGCAGAAAAGCUGCUUCAGACCUGAAAUUAUGCUUUUCUUGUUUAUGUUUAGGACAUAGUUAUAAACGCUGUUAUAAGAAGACGAGAUGUGGCGUAAACGGAUGUUCUGGAAAACAUCAUCAUUUGGUUCACCUGGCGGUACCUCCGAAUGAAGAAACGUUGGCCCACGAAAAUUCAUCCUUCUGUGGCAAGCUGUCAACAGAGAAGCAGUCUGUUCUUCUGAGAAUAGCAGCCGUUGUUCUUCGAGGACCGAGCAAGGAAGUGACAACUUUCGCUCUUUUUGAUGAGGGCUCGACCUGCUCUUUGGUAGAAGAACAGCUAGCCAGUGAGUUGGAAUUGUCAGGUCCCAUAGUUCCCGUGUGUUUUCAGUGGACAAACCAGGAGUGGAUUUUUUCGGACCUAUGACGGUUUCAAUAGGAAGGAGAGUGGAAAAACGGUAUGGUGUGCUUUUCACAUGUCUCAGUAUAAGAGCUGUCCAUAUUGAAAUAGCAGCAUCUCUG